AAUAAGCUCUGAAAGGGUUAAACGGCGUCCCGCGCCUGAAGUCGCUGCAAAAGCCUCGCUCUUUUGGAACCAGAACAACCUUAAACCCUAGAGGAAAGCCAUGAAUUGGUCACUAUUGAGAAACGUCUCUCUCAGAGCUCGCAGUCAUCUCCUUAAUUCUCCCACUUACAGGUCCAAUGCCGUUCCUCCACGCUUGCUCUCAGCCCCGUCGACGUCUCAAUUCAGGCUCUUCUCCUCCGAGAACGAUUUGCCGCCAAAGGAAGAUUCAGGAAGUGUUUCCGAGGCGAAUUUGGUGCCCACUCAGAAGAAAGAGAUAUCUUUGGACGUCCAAGAUGUGAGCAAUAAAGAAUUGAAAAUGCGGAUAGAUAAGUACUUCAAAGGUGACGAGGAGGCACUUCCAUCAAUUCUUGAAGCUAUUCUUCGGAGGAAACUGGUUGGAAAGCAUGAAGAUACGGAUGAUGAACUUGUUGAAGAACUACAAAUGCAGCCAUUGGAUGACGUCAAGGACAAAGAGUUUGAAUCUGAUUUUGAAGAAUUGUAUGAGACAGAUGAAGAGAUUGACGACCUUUAUAAUACUAGGGAUAUAGUUAUGAAAAAAAUGGUAAAGAACGAAUACUUCAACAUGGAUGACAAAAAAUGGGAUGAGCUUGUUGAGGAUGGCAUUAAGCAUGGGAUUCUGAAGGACACCAAGGAGUGUGAAGAGAUUUUGGAGGAUAUGCUUAGUUGGGACAAGCUCCUUCCAGAUGAUAUGAAGAAAAAAGUAGAAGCAAAAUUCAAUGAGCUGGGGGAUUUGUGUGAAAAAGGGGAGCUUGAACCUGAAGAAGCUUACAAUCUGUUUAAAGAAUUUGAAGAUCAGAUGGUGAUGGAAUAUGGAAAGAUGAUGGAGGCAGAAGGCCCCCCGAAGUUCGAUGAAACCGAUGUGCCAGAUAAUAAAAAGGACUUGGAUGACCCGCCAGGUGAAGGCCCAAUUCUUAGGUGGCAAACAAGGGUCGUGUUUGCACCAGGUGGGGAUGCAUGGCAUCCCAAAAACCGAAAAGUGAAAUUAUCUGUUACUGUGAAGGAGCUUGGCUUAUCAAAGUACCAAUUCCGUCGACUGAGGGAGUUGGUUGGCAAGCGCUAUCAUCCUGGGAAAGAUGAGCUUACCAUUACCAGUGAGAGGUUUGAACACAGGGAGGAAAACAGAAAGGAUUGCCUCAGGACUCUUUUUUCUCUAAUUGAGGAAGCUGGAAAAGCCAACAAACUUGUAGAGGAUGCUCGAACUUCAUAUGUGAAGGAGAGGCUGCGGGCGAACCCCCAGUUUAUGGAGAGGCUGCGUGCCAAGAAAAUGGGUUCGCAAGUAUCAAGCAGCCCUUUACCUGCUUGAUUGUUUGACUUCGGAUGCUGUUGAAAAGAAAACUACUGAUUUGGUAAAACGUUUCUGGAUAUGAUGUCUCCUCCAAUGAUUGGUAAUGUUUAAAAUAUUUUCUUUACCUAAUUAGUUUUCACUAUUUGGGGCAAUGACAGAGAAAAAGGAACACUUGAAGUUAAAGAUAGUAGAUUUUGUAUACAACCAUAAGGUGAUAUUUGUUACCAAAGUUUUCCCUCUGAAUUACCCUUUUUGGUUGGAAA